AUGGAAGUUUUCUGGCAAAGUUUAAACUACGGAUGGCUCGUGGUCGCUACUUUGGCCCAGAUUUUGAGACUGGGACUGUACUCGAUGGUAGCGGUGUUGUUGGGACCGCUGGCAGUGCUGUACGUGUACGACGUGGCUCUUUACACCUGGAGAGUGGUUCUGAAUCGCGGAAAACGGUCACCCCCCGUUUUCGGGCCCGACCAACGGGCCCUGGAAACAGAGGAAACCGCCAUAAAAACCGCAGAAGCCUCUACAAAGCCUACACUUCCGUCCCGCAGCACGGGCGAGCUGGACAGCUCGCCCUACAGCAGCGACACCGAUUGGGACUCCAUCACAGCCACCUCACCUGCGGACGAAGAAAAUUCACAUCCCAGCAUGCCGUCAAGCAUGCCAUCAGGCUCUGCAGACACCAUCCCGCGUAUCAGUGGGAUCCACGGCUCCUUCACCAGGUUUUCAGACCUCAUCACCGUCACCAUUUCAGCGGGCGCAGGCGACUCCGCUGCCACAAUACAAACCUGCGAAAAACGUGAGGCCAAACUCGUGUCAGGCCGGUCCUGA